AUGAAUAAGCAACAAACAAGUCUACCUCCUAUUUCUACACUCUUGACAGAGACAGCGCCUCGGAUCGUGAUCGAACCUUCUUCCAGUCCUUUAUUAUUACCCGGAAUACAUUCACCCAGUUAUUUAUCACCUUUAUUAUCACCUCUAUCCUAUGCUUCCUCCAUCACUCGUUCUCCUUCACCCAUAUCUCCCAUUCAGACUCUUCCUCCUAUCCAUGGCGAUGACCCACCUCGACCACUUAAGCAACAACAAUUAAAUAAAACAAAAUCAUCACAUUACCUUUGGAAUACCACAGCAAGAUAUAGUCAUUCAUUGAAAGAAGAAGAAGUAGAAGAAAAGCCUAUGGAGACGCCUCCAGAACCACAAGAAUUGGAUCUACCACCAUUUACACAAAUUGUCCUAUCUGAAUCAGGACAAGCGAUCCUCAAACGUCGUCGUGGUCGACCACCAACCAUAAAGCAUUGCACAACCGAUGGCAAGCACUGGACCUUUCUCACACCUACCGUCUGGGACGUCACUCAUCAUGAUCAAUCACUGAAUACGCCAGAAAAGAAUGAAUAUACAGAUGAUGUGAUGAGCGGUACGAUGGCAGCAUUCACAAGUUCAAGUAUGGACAUGGUCUUACAGAUGCCACGCAAAAAGAGAGGAAGAAAGCCUAAAUCACAUAUCCAUGGUCAUUCUUGCUUUGUAUGGAAAGAUAUGACAAGUACAAACAAUCGAGUGAAAAAAAAAUGAUGGGUGUAUUUGCCU